AUAAAUCUCCAAUGACAGCCCUGGAUAUAAGCAUGCCUUUCCGCGCCCGGGCCAAGUAUGUAUGUUUGUCAGUGAGCGAGGAUGGACGUGUUGUGUAUUCUAGCAACUAGUCUUUUGCUGCUGGCGCAGGAAGUGACGUCUGAACGCAGGGACUUUACCGGUCACCGCCUUGUGUCGGUGUCCGCGAGGUCACGUGCCCAGGUCGAGCUGCUUCAGUCGCUAGAGAGCGAGACCGGAUAUGACGAGCUGGAUUUUUGGAGCGAUCCGUCGCUGUUCCGUCCCACCGAUAUCCUUGUCUCUCCGUCUGACUUCGGAAAGCUUCGUACAUUCCUCAACGAGCACAACAUGGUGUACCAGAUAAAAAAUGAGAACAUCCAAGCGGCAAUAGAUGCGGAAUAUGUUGAGGUCAGCAAGCAGUCGAAACUGUCAUCGUGUCCCUUCACCAGUACAUACUGCACGUAUGACCAGAUUCAGUCGUUCCUGCUCGCCCUACAGUCUGCCUACCCGACCAAGGUCAAGGUUACAAACAUCGGAACCACGUACGAGGGAAGAAACAUAUACGCCGUCAAGGUCUCAGAGAACUUGAGUCAGCCGAAGGCCAAGUCAGUCUGGGUUGAGGCUGGCACGCAUGCGCGGGAGUGGAUUGCCAUCGCUUCCGCUCUUAAUCUGAUCGACAAGCUUCUGACGGCGAGUCGCACAGAGAGCUCGACCAUGCUGCGGGCGUAUGACUGGAACAUCGUGCCUGUCCACAACCCGGACGGAUAUGCCUAUUCACACUCUAACAGCCGACUACACCGGAAGAACCGACAGGUUGAGAGUCGACCCUGCUACUUCUCCAACUACGGCAUCGAUCUUAACCGCAACUGGGACGCAGACUUUGGAAAGGCGGGUACUACCACGCAAUGCCAGGGCGACACGUACCCGGGCAUGUCGGCGUUCGCUGCCAGGGAGACGACGGCGCUACGUAACGCCGUGCUCGGCGACAUGCCCAACGUGGAGGCGUUCUUCUCAGUGCACUGUUAUAGCGAGCUCAUGCUGCUUCCACACGGUUUCAACAACACCAAACCCGCAGACUACGCACACCUGUUCUCUGUGGCUGAGCACAUGAUGCGCUGGCUGGAGACUGUCCGAGGCACCUACUACCUGUCCGGUACUCCACCAGAGAUCCUCUACUCAGCAUCCGGAGGCGCCUACGACUACUUCAAGCUGCAGGGGGUGAAGUACGCGUACACGUACGAGCUCAGCCCCUCCUCCUCCACCGGAAACGGCUUCGUGCUCAGCGCCACGCACAUCCCCGCCGUCAGCGAAGAGCUCUUCAUGUCCCUCUGGGCCUUUGUCGACAUCGUCACCAAGUAGCCGCUGUUCUCCGGUCGUCAUGCGUGGGCAGUCAUGUUUAAGACAAUUUGUUUGAGUCUUUGCAUUUCGUGUAUAUUCUCGAAUCGGCUGUGAACCAAUUUGAGCAAAUAAAUCUAUACAGAUCUA